AUGUCAAGCGAGGAACGUUCAAGGCAACCGAGUAUUGUUUCAACUUUUGACUUAGAGCCCAACCCUUUUGAACAAAGCUUCGCCUCUUCCAAAAAGGCCUUGUCACUUCCAAGCACAAUCUCUCAUCCAUCUCAAUCAAAGGAAACUUCGCGAAAUAAUUCUACCUCGACGAUAACGCAACAUUCCCAACGUUCAACUCAUAGUUUGAACAGUAUUCCAGAAGAAAAUGGGAACUCAACCGUUGCAGAUAAUACUAAUAAUAAUGGGGUGAAAAAAGACUCACCUACCUUUUUGCCAGGUCAACAAAGACCCACCAUAGUAUCGCCACCUAUACUCACGCCAGGCGGGUCCAAAAGAUUACCACCCCUACUUCUCUCUCCCUCUAUUUUAUACCAGGCAAAUUCAAGCUCGAACCCCAAUCAGAAUUCACAUUCUGCCUCAACUUCUAAUUCAAACCCUAGUGCAUUAGGUUUUUCUUCUACUUCUGGAUCUUUAUAUCCAAACAGCUCUUCUCCUUCGGGGACUUCGUUAGUACGUCAACCACGAAACUCAAAUGUCACCGCCAAUAGUUCUAGUAAUGGCUUCCCUUCAAACGACUCACAAAUGCCCGGUUUUUUAUUAAACUUGUCUAAAUCUGGAUUGACACCUAAUGAGUCUAAUAUCAGAACCGGAUUGACACCUGGUAUUCUUACUCAAUCUUACAAUUAUCCCGUGUUGCCUUCAAUUAAUAAAAAUACCAUUGCAAACAGUAAGAAUGUCAACAAAAGUGUCACAGUGAAUGGAAGUAUGGAGAACCACCCUCAUGUCAAUAUAAUGCACCCAACUGUAAAUGGUACACCACUUACACCGGGAUUAAGUUCUCUGCUAAACCUACCAUCUGCUGGAGUUUUGACUAAUCCGGGAUACAAAUCGACACCAUCAACAAAUAUCACAGAUGUUACCGUCAACAACAGCAUCGGGAAUUCCAACUUUUCUCCAAAUACUUCAACGAAAGCGGCUGUGAAAAUGGAUAAUCCAGUAGAAUUCAAUGGCAUUGAGCAAUCCACUCACAAUCACAACGAGAAUGAACAUUUGUCAACUCAACUUGAGAACAAUGACCAGUUCAAUAACAAGACACGAAAAAGAAAAAGAAGGAUGUCUAGUACAAGUUCCACUUCUAAAGCUUCAAGGAAGAACUCCAUAUCAAGAAAAAACUCAACAGUCACGACUGCACCAGCACAAAAAGAUGAUGUCGAAAAUAGCAAAAUCUCAAACAACGUAAUAGUCGAUGAGACUGAAGAACAAGAGAGGAAGAGAAAAGAGUUCCUGGAAAGGAAUAGGGUGGCAGCCUCUAAAUUUAGGAAAAGAAAGAAAGAGUACAUCAAGAAAAUUGAAAACGAUCUACAAUUCUAUGAAUCAGAAUAUGAUGAUCUAACCCAGGUUGUUGGGAAGCUGUGCGGCAUAAUACCCUCAAGCUCUUCGAAUUCCCAAUUUAAUGUGAAUAUGUCAACUCCAUCGUCAUCAUCAUCAUCAUCGUCAUCACCAUCUACAUCUUUAUUAUCAUUGUUAGAAAGUAGUAUUUCGAGAAGUGAUUAUUCAAGCGCAAUGUCGGUAUUAUCAAACAUGAAACAAUUAAUAUAUGAAACAAAUUUUUACCGAAGGGGAGGCAAAAACCCAAGAGACGAUAUGGAUGGCCGGGAAGACAGCUUCAACAAGGACAGUAAUGUUGUCAAAAAUGAAAACGCAGGAUAUCCUUCCAUUAAUUCAAGACCAAUAAUUCUAGAUAAAAAGUACUCACUGAACUCUGGAGCAAAUAUUAGCAAAAGUAACACAGCUACUAAUAAUGUGGGAAAUAGUACACAGAGUAUAAUCAACUCAUGCUAUUCUGUUCCUAAUCCAUUGGUAAUAAGUGCAAAUCCCGAUACCCAUGAUACUAAUAAGCAUGAUGUACUUUCCACUCUACCUCACAAUAAUUGA